UUAACCACUUCCAGUCCGGACACUUUUACCCCCUUCCUGUCCAGGCCAAUUUUCAGCUUUCAGCGCUAUCACACUUUGAAUGACAAUUGCGCGGUCAUGCAACACUGUACCCAUAUGAAUUUUUUUAGCAUUUUUUGGAGACAGAUAAAGCUUUAUUUUAGUGGUAUUUAUUCACCACUGGGAUUUUUAUUUUUUUUCCAGGACAAAUUGGACUUCCAUUUGGUGAUAAAUGGUCAUGGAUAUCUGAUUUUUCUUCUUGUUUUUAAAUUUAGCUGUGUGUUUCUUGUUACUACCAUAAUCUACCAGCAA